UUGAACGCGAUGCUACUGGUCUAAUAGGAUUCAAUGAUCUAUGCUAAGCUAUGCUAAAAGUGCUGUCGCCAGAUCCAGAGAUCGGCUGAAUGGAUUCCAAAACGGUAAAACUCAACUUAUUAACUCUGGGGGAGUUGGAGAAUGAGCCUAUUUCCAAAAAGUGGAGUGUUUCUUUAAUAAACAUAUUUAUCAAAGGGGAAUAAUCAUUUGUUACUCUUCUGAUUUUUGUAUCAUAAUAGUGUCUAACUUGUAAAAACUGCAAAGACUUCUUAAUGGUUCAGUAACUUCCAGCUGGAAAGUAGUUGCAUGUAAAAUAUUACAAAAAUGUGGAAAUGAAUAUGGACAGGAAUCUUUUUUUAUGGGUUUUUCAAAGCUGAAUAUCAAUUGAAUGCCUAUUUUUAUCAAAAUGUUUUUAAAGUGUGGAAUAUGUUCAAAGUGCAAAGAGAAGGAACAUUUUAAGUCUCUUUACUGGCUCUUGAAGAACCGCUAAUAUAUGGAGCAUGCUUUGAUUUAACGCUUCCAAAAUAUGUACAAUGGGGAGUCUAGUUCAUUUGACUGGACCAGACUUUGUGAAUACAGAAAGAGUUGUUUUAAGUUUGAAAAUUAAGUCAAGACGAUUUGUUUUUCAUUUACUAGAAAAAUGGAAAAAAAGGUGCUUGACAAGAGCGUUGAUACACCAUGGCGUAAUGUUUUAAAAUUGUCUGAUGAUAAUGAAGCAGAAUGGAGAUCAUUGUAUAAGCCACGUUAAAGUACUGUACAAGAGUUGGGGACAUACAAUGGAGACUUUUACAUGGUGCAAUAGCAGUUAAUGCUUUUAUUUCAGUUUUAAAUCCUGAUGUCACGACAGAAUGCCCUUUUUGUUUAGAGCGAGAAACUGUUUUUCAUGGAUUGUUUUAGACUGAAAAGGUAAAACAAAGUAAGAAAAAUAAGAUCACUGAUCUAUAAUGACUGGAUCGCUCACUGCGUUCUAAACUGCCGACAGACAGUGAAGCCACCGGAAGUGUUCGAUCCGCCAUCUUACUAUUCCCUACCAGCAGAGAGCACCAUUGAGUCACAUGCAAACCGAUGACCUAAAAUCACCCGAUUUGAAGCGAAUCAGUCACAGGGGAUUCAUUUUUGAGUUACGUCUCUCUGCUCCGUAUCUGAAUGUGUUCAGCGUCAGUAUCACUUUAUAAAUCAGAGGAAGACCUGGACUGAAGCUCAGAGAUACUGCAGAGAGAAUUACACAGAUCUGGCCACAGUUGACAGCAUGAACGACAUGAACGAGCUGAAGAAGAGUGUGAAUGAUAGAAGUGUUCAGUAUGUCUGGAUUGGGCUGCAGAAGACGGGUCGUGAUGAAUGGCAGUGGUCUUCAGGUGAACCUGUGCUCUAUCAGAACUGGGAACGUACACAACCAGAAGGCAGAGAUUAUUGUGCUAUGAUGUUAAAUGGACAAUGGCAUGAUUACCCAUGUAGUAAGACCCAGCCUUUCAUCUGCAAUAACACGAACACAGGACUCGUCUUUGUCAAACAGCAGAUGAACUGGACAGACGCUCAGAGUUACUGCAGACAGAAUCACUCUGAUCUGGUCAGUGUGAGAAACCAGAAUGAGAGUCAACAGGUUCAGCAGUUCAUUAGUGAUAGACAGUUAUCUGGAUCACAUGUCUGGAUCGGUCUGUUCAGAGUCAGAGACUCAUGGCAGUGGUCAGAUCAGAGUAACUCCUCAUUCAGAUACUGGGACACUGAUCAACCUAACAUUAAUGUACAUGAUCAAAACUGUACAGGGAUCAAACAUGACUCUCAGGGACUAUGGCAUGACAUCUAUUGCACCAGUCAAUAUCCUUUUGUGUGUCAUGAAGAUAAACUGAUUGUGAUCACAGAGAGUCUGACGUGGGCUGAAGCUCUGAGAUACUGCAGACAGAAUCAUGUGGAUCUGGUCUCGGUUCAUUCAGAAGAGAUUCAGCAUCGUGUGAUGAACGUGGUUAAACAGGCGUCUACUGCAGAGGUGUGGUUGGGUUUACGUUACUCUCGUAUUUUGGGCAUCUGGUUCUGGGUGAGUGGAGAGACCGUGUGCUAUCAGAACUGGGCUCCAGGGAACGGCUCAUCAGAGGAGGACUGUGAACACACAGUGAGAUCUGGAGCAGUUCAGUCUGGAGGAGAUCAGCGCUGGAUCAGCCGUCCUGAACACCACAAACUCAACUUCAUCUGCAGCAGAUAUUAAGAGUGAAUGGAUACACAGACCUUUCAUUUAAGAUAACAAAUGUAUGUGUGUUUUCUGUUGAUGUACUAUUCUGUGGGUCUGUUUAUUCCAUUUUAAGAGCCUCUCCGGUCAGAACUGCUUUUUUAGAUGCUUUCCACAUGUGCUUUCUGUUAUUUAUUAACUGCAAAAUUAUGAGACAUUCAUCUGACAAUUUAAUUUUAUGAGUCAUAUGGGCAUCAAAUUCACUCAUUAUCAGAGAAACCUUUGUACUGUUUUCUUUCAGUUUCAUCAUGGGAUGAAUGUUUGCUCUUAUCAAUGUACAAUUCAAUUCAUUAAUGUAACUGAAAAGUAUGAUUUUUUUCUAAAUUUUUUUUAUUGUUUUAAGUAUCUCUCUAUGCUGGUGUGGCUAUUUCUCUCUGUUUGAAGACUUUUAUGUAUUAUAAUCAUCUUUAGAAGUGGUUAAAUGUGAUUCUGUGAGCAGCAGCUCUUGAGAAGAAUGUUCUUUGUGUCUUAGAGACAAAUCUAGUUUAUUUUUUAAAAUGGCAGAAGUAAAGGUUGGGGAUGAAAUAUUGUGUGUUUGAUCCCAUCCAGGCAAAAACAAGAACCAUGAGAUGAGCUGAUGUUCUUAUAGAAAUAACUGUAAAUGAGUGUACUGUAUUAUAGCGCCACUUAGAAAAUAACUGAUUUUCUGGAGCUCGGCCAUCCAGCUACACAGACUGUCAGCACACUCUCAACAGGUACAUUUAUUUCUUCAAAAUAUUCAUUAUUUAAUUAUUACAUAGGUUUAUGCAUAAACAGUUUAAGCAAAACAAAUAUGUCAAAAGUGUUUAUAUCUGAGAACCUCUUAUACACCUAUUACACUUUAUACACUUUUUUCCUAAAGUUGGCAACCCUAAUGACGACAGAUCCAAUGAGAACCAACGAGGACUGUGUGCAGCUUCAUCAAUGUAAUGGCACUCACUUCACGUGCUUAUAAAGCUUACCCUCUUUUCCAAAAAGUAAUUGUGUAAAAAUAAUUCAUGAAGAAAUGAAUAUCUAAUUGCUAAGUCUGUCUGGUGUUUUUUGAUUUGAUCUUUUUCUGAAUAUAUGGAGAUUCUGAGGUGAGCGUUUGGAGUUGAUCCUCCCAGGAUUUACUUUGGUUUAAACAGUUGCAUUGUUGAGUUGUGUUCGUGUCUGAUUUAUGUUUAAUUUAUUAAUAUUAAUCAUUUAUGUUAACUGUAUGUAUUUGUAUUUUUGAGAUUAUUGGCUUAAUUUGAUUUUUGGCAUUGCAUUGAUUAACCUUGAGCUUUGGAUAAUUUCCACUGCAACACAAUCACAUUUAACCAAUUUAUUUAUGGGUUAAACACAUGUGUGUUUAUUUUACACACACAUGAAAAAUAGUACGAAUAAAUGCAUAACAGACAAGAACAAUGCCUCAUAAUCAGAUGCAGUCAAAAGUCUGAUUUUAAAAAGAUUUAAUAAAAUUUAAUUUUAUGGAAUGAAAAAUAAAGGUAAUUUGCAGCUUUUUAUCUUA